UUUUCAAUUUGAAAUCGAAGUAUAAUACGAAUGGCGGAAAAACAAAGUCCCGAAAGUCGUCAACAACGAUAUAGCUUUUUGGAACUUGAAAACAAAAAAUGUAUCUUCAACACAGACAAGAAUAUUAUCGAACUUUUUCAAAAAUGGGGUGUAAAGAUGCAUGUGCAGUAUUAUAGUUAUGAUCAGAUGUUUCAGUCUUACAUGAAGGAUGAUUUCAUGCAGGAUUUUUUUCAAGAUUCAACAGUCACAGCAACUUUAAAAGUUUUGAACAGCAAAGGCAUUGCCACAAACUUAGGCAAUGGUGUGGCUAGGGUUGAAUCUACACCUGUAGCAUGUACACAAACCUCUAUGGCAUUCUUUGAUCGACUGCAGGAAGAAUCAAUUGUACGAGAAAAUGGCAGCAUUGCCAAAUGUUUUGAUGAAUUUUAUGAAGACUUUACAAUCGCUGAUGAACUAAGAAAGAUGCUACUUUUAGAGGACUCGGAUAAUUAUGAGGUAUACAGUGAUAAGGAAAGGGACGAGUUUCUAUUCCGACUUCUAAAGCAUAUUAGCCUUGGUGGCCCAGUAUGUCAAUAUGAAGAUAAUGUAACACCAUAUUUGGAUACAACAAAAACAUUAUAUAAGGACUUGAUAAGUGUCCACAAAGACAAGGAUACAAAGCAGCUUAGAGUUUCUUCUGUUGUUUACAGAUUGAAAGCUUGGGAUAAGGACAGUACCCUGAUGUUUCCAUGCGACACUGAACAUCAGCAAAAUGUUGCCUAUAUGAUCAUUGAUCCACUUAAGCGACACAUAACCAUUUUGCAUCACAGAUGGGCUGGAUCAGUUUGGUGAGCAUCUGCUCAAUUUGUAUGACUAUGACAAACAGGCUGGACUAAGUUGGUCUGUGCGAGCUGUUUUUAUGUAUUUUUAAUACCACCUUAUGACCUGCCUGCCAAACUUUUUGAUUGUGGAAAAUAUGAAAUGGAAAAAAGUUCAUCAUGUUCCUAAGUCUGUCUUUAGGACUAUAAACCUUCAUAUAAUUGAUAAUGCAGUGUGUAUAUAUUGUUAUGUAUUUGUAUAUUGGAAAAAGUUGCGGCAAUAAAUGAUAGAAUCUUGACUACUGUA